CCAAGAAUUAAACAACAUAGGAAGGAGCAAAUAAUAAAGAAAGAAACAGUGUCUUCCAUUUUGAACUGAGAAGCAUACCAUGGAAAAACAUCGCCACCCGCACGACGAAAGUCUCAUGCGGGGUUAGAAAUGCGGCAUUCCAUGGAAGAGAACCCUAACCUCUCUCUCACUCACGAUUCUUCCCUUUCCUCUCCGGAAUUCUUCAAACAAGUCCAAGCUGCUCUCAAGCGCCAUCGCCCUCUCGCCGUUAAUGCCUCUUCAGCUUCAACCCAAUCGCAUACCCUGAGGCCAAAGCGCUCCAUGGUGGCGCACCGAAACGUCGCAAACAGGUCCGAAGGGGAACCUCCGUCCAUUUCGGACACGUUCACCGGUGAAGGUUGUAAGAACGAACCCUCUCUGCCCCUGGAAUCUCAUAGUGUUGGUGCGCACAAGAAGGUUCGUUUUUCAACCGAGAGCAACAAUGCCACUUCACAGCCGCAGGAUAGGGCAUCAAUUGGAUUCAAUCAACAUGUGAAACACCACAAUAUGCAGCAGGCAGAGUCUGAGACUAGUUUGUUAUCUGAGGGAGGCAAGAGUUCUCUGCUUCCAAGGAGAAGAAUAGUUACUGAGGAUCAUCUCCAGCAAUUCAAAAACUUUUUGAGUCAACCAGCUACACUAUCUUCCGUAGUGGGAUUGCCAUGCCCUACAACUACGUCAGUCCAUUCAACUUCAGCUCCAAUGCCGAAUUCUAUAACUCAUUGUGCCAAUUCCUGUAUGGAUAGUGACUCGCAUGUGGCUGCAGAACCUUAUGAUAACCUGAAUGUCAAUCCUCAUCCUAUAACACAAAGGGCUGUUAAAUCACCAUAUGAUUCUCUGAAAGACACCAAUAGAAUGUCAAUUGAUCAAGUGGCAAGUGCAGUUCAAGAAUAUAAUUCACUAAAUGAGGCAGAGAUGACAUUUAAGCACAGUGACCCAUCUAAGGAGCAACAAGGAUGUUUGCUAAAGGAAACUAGUAAAUAUACUUCUUGUUGUAAUGUCAUGUUAAGUAACACGGACAAGCCUGCAGCUGUUACCAACAUACUGCCUCAGGGUCUGACUUCAUCUUCAGAUACAAAGCUGGAAUCUUCUAGGUUAGAAAAGCAAGAAAAAAAUGCAAGUUGUAAAGGACCUUCAGUCGCUCGAAAGAGGACCUAUGACCCUGAGUUGUUUUUUAAAGUCAAUGGCAAGCUUUAUCAAAGGCUUGGCAAGAUAGGAAGUGGUGGAAGCAGUGAGGUGCACAAAGUGAUUUCAUCAGACUGUACUAUCUAUGCACUUAAAAGAAUAAAACUAAAGGGUCGUGAUUAUGCCACAGCAUACAGCUUUUGUCAGGAGAUCGAGUAUCUAAAUAGGCUGAAAGGAAAGAAUAAUAUUAUCCAGCUUAUAGAUUAUGAGGUGACUGACAAGGCUUUGUUUGAGGGAGUCAUGAAUGGCUCCUCCAGUAGUAAAGAUGGUAGAGUUAAGGAUGAUGGAUACAUAUACAUGGUGCUUGAAUAUGGGGAAAUUGAUUUGGCUCAUAUGUUGUCUCAAAAGUGGAAGGAACUAGAUGGGAACAACCAGACUAUAGAUGCGAAUUGGCUUCGGUUUUAUUGGCAGCAAAUUCUUCAGGCUGUCAACACAAUUCAUGAAGAACGUAUUGUGCAUUCUGACUUGAAGCCAGCUAACUUCCUCCUUGUCAAAGGUUCAUUAAAACUGAUUGAUUUCGGUAUAGCCAAAGCAAUAAUGAGUGAUACAACAAACAUCCAACGUGAUUCACAGGUUGGUACUCUAAGUUACAUGUCACCAGAAGCCUUUAUGUGCAAUGAGAGUGAUGCGAGUGGAAGCAUCAUGAAGUGUGGUCGGCCAUCAGAUAUCUGGUCCCUUGGCUGCAUUCUUUAUCAAAUGGUAUAUGGGAGAACACCCUUUUCAGAAUACAAGACAUUUUGGGCCAAAUUCAAAGUUAUAACUGAUCCCAAUCACGAAAUUAUGUACGAACCAGUUUCAAAUCCUUGGCUUCUUGAUCUUAUGAAAAAGUGUCUAGCAUGGGAUCGCAAUGAAAGGUGGAGAAUUCCUCAGUUGCUCCAGCAUCCUUUUUUAGUUCCCCCAGUUCCAUGUCAUCAAUCUUUGUUCCAAGAUCAAACCUUUAAAUUGCUGCAACUUAUAGCUGAAACUUGCAAAAAUGACCCAGAAGCAUCGCAGCUCUGUUUUCAACUUCAACAGGUGCUUGAUAAUCCCAUAAAAUUAACUAGUACUCAUUCAUUAAACUCCCUAGACCAACAGCAUAAAUUACUGUCCCGAAUAUCAGAACUUUGUAUUCAACUACAGAAACGCUUUCCAAAUUCGGAUGAAGAAUAGAUGCUUGUUUCGUGUAAGGUUUUUUUGGGAAUUUAUGAUUUUUUGUCCAAAGCUGUCUGAA